AUGGUCAAUCAACUAGAACAGGCUUCUGCUGGUCACGGUUUGUGGUUGCAGGCGCCGGUGGCGUUCGAGGACGUGGCGGUCUAUUUCUCGCCGGCGGAGUGGGCGGAGCUGGCGGCCUGGCAGCGGGAGCUGUACCGGGAGGUGAUGGGGCAGAACUACGCGCUGGCCGGCCCCGGGUGCAGCGAGGGGACCAGCGGCCCGCGGGGGCUGGCGGGGCGGCGCAGAAGCCUGGGGGCUCCGGAGGGGCCGCGCGCCACCCCUGAGCUCGGGGGAAAGGUGCCGGCGCCUCCCACCAGCAGCCCUGGCCAGAAAUCCCCGGUGGGCUCGGGGCCCGGGGUCGGCAGCCCGGAGCCAGCCAAGCGCCCACGCGCCCACGCGGCCGAGCGCCCCUUCACCUGCACCGAGUGCGGCAAGAGCUUCCAGCACCGGGGCAACCUCAUCACCCACCUGCGGGUGCACACGGGCGAGAAGCCCUUCACCUGCACCGAGUGCGGCAAGAGCUUCAGCCAGAAGGGGGACCUGAUGCGGCACCAGCGCAUCCACACGGGCGAGAAGCCCUUCGAGUGCACCGUCUGCGGGAAGAGCUUCUGCUCCAAGCAGACCUUCAUCCUGCACCAGCGCAUCCACACGGGCGAGAAGCCCUUCUCCUGCACCGAGUGCGGCAAGAGCUUCAACCGCAAGGCCAACUUCAUCACCCACCAGAAGAUCCACCGCGGGGAGCGCCCCUUCGUCUGCCCCGAGUGCGGCAAGGGCUUCUGCGCCAAGAAGACCUUCAUCCUGCACCAGAAGAUCCACGUCGGCACGGGCGAGAAGCCCUUCGAGUGCACCGUCUGCGGGAAGAGCUUCUGCUCCAAGCAGACCUUCAUCCUGCACCAGCGCAUCCACACGGGCGAGAAGCCCUUCUCCUGCACCGAGUGCGGCAAGAGCUUCAACCGCAAGGCCAACUUCAUCACCCACCAGAAGAUCCACCGCGGGGAGCGCCCCUUCGUCUGCCCCGAGUGCGGCAAGACCUUCAACCUCAAGAGCACCCUCAUCACCCACCAGCGCAUCCACACGGGCGAGCGCCCCUUCGUCUGCCCCGAGUGCGGCAAGACCUUCAACCUCAAGACCACGCUCAUGAAGCACAAGCGCAUCCACACGGGCGAGCGCCCCUUCACCUGCGGGGAGUGCGGCAAGAGCUUCAAGUACAAGGGCAACCUGCGGACGCACCACCUCACCCACACGGUGGAGCGGGUCUACCCCUGCACCGAGUGCGGCAAGAUCUUCAGCCACAAGAAGCAGCUGACGGUGCACCAGGCCGGCCACACCGAGGAGAGACUCCUGUCCUGCUACGGCGACGGGGAGUCCUUCAACCCCUUCCUGCAGAUGCACCCGCUGCUGCUCUCCUGCGCCCCCAUCCAGGCCCUGGCCAAGUACAAGUGAGGGGGAGCUGGGGAGACGCGCCGCUCGGCCGCCGGCCCCGCGCAGGAGCAGGGAGGGAGCUGCCCGUGGGGACCUGAGCUCGCUGCGCUGCGUAACUACUGACAGAGGGGUCAGUGCUAGCAGGACUUUCCGGCCCCGUGUGCACGGGGGCCGCUGCGGCCAGGCCAGGGGUUUUCUCAGGGUGGGAGCUGCCGGGCCGUGUGCUACAUGGGGGUCAGGCUGGGGGGGCGUUGCUGCCGCACUGGCAUCAUGGCGGGUGCCAGCAGCUCCCCAGUGGGCAGAGAGAGGCUGGCCUGGCGCCUGCAUGUCCGCCGGGCACAACUGAACGACGCGCCUGUUCCAGCCAGAGCCAGUCUGGGGAGUGAAACCUCCAGGUGCUGCA